CCUGCCUCCACUUGUGCUCCUGAUCAAGACAUCUCGUGAACGAAUGGCCAAUAAAAAACACGCGGUUCUUGGGACACCUGCGGUUAACGACAAUGCAAGGUCCCGGAUGUGUCCUGCAUGGCUAUUGGUGUGUGUGGCUCUGGCGGGCGUGUCAAGAGGAACAGUCGGUCAAUGUUGGGACCAAUCAGAGUGCCAGGAGUCGGACUUGGCGCCGGAUGUGAUGGACUGUCUGCACCUCAGUGACCCCGACGACGCACGACUCCAGCCUCCUCCUCCACGAGACUCCUCUUCCUCCCCAGUCGCCAAACGCUCCUACUCCAUGGAGCAUUUCUGCUGGGGGAAGCCGGUUGGCCGAAAACGCCGUCCCAUCAAAGUGUACACCUCCAGUGGGGUGAGGGACUCAGCGGAAGUGUUCCCUGCUGAAAUGAGGCGAGAUUUAACCAAUGAGCUCCAAGCAGGAGCAGAGGAGGAGGUGACAGAGGAGCAGCUCUUGGACAUGGCCCAGAAGAAAGACGGUUCCUACAAGAUGAAGCACUUCCGCUGGAGCAGCCCACCCGCCAGCAAACGCUACGGCGGCUUCAUGAAGAGCUGGGACCCCGCCGAGCAGGUGCCGCUGGUCACGCCCCUCAUCAAAGAUGCACAAGUGACACACGCACACAAUCAUCAGUGUAAAUAUUCAUAA